AUGUGUUCGCACUACACUAAUGAAAGUGAAAGUAACACUGGAGAAACCUGCAAACGGAACAGAAAGACUCAACGCAUUGCCGUUGCUCUGCACACAAAAGCAAAGUCUGUAAAUACAUAAAGAAAACCUUGGCUUUAAGAAACACCAGUGGCCUGCACAGAGCUUUGACCUCAGCAUCACUGAACAGCUUUGGAAUUAACCGGAACAUCAAUGAUGCUUUCUUGACCAACAUCAUUGCCCAAUUAGUCAAAUGUUCUUUUGACUAAAUGGGCACAAAUCCUCACAGAUACUGUAUUUUAAAGUCUUGUAAGAAGGCUUCUCAGAAGAUUGACUUUAGUUAUAGCUGAAAAGAUUGCAUACUUUAAUAGGUCAAACUUUGUUUUUAGGAUGGGAUGUUUAAUCUUCUGAUCAUGUGUCCAAAUAUUUGUCCACAUAGAGUUUAUGGUUGGUGAAGUUAAAAAAGGCCAGUAAUUAUAAGUAUGUUGUAUCUAAUACAUUGGUAACAAAGUGUGCAUUACUGCAUUUGCUUUCAGAUAAGUAAAGUGUUCUACAAUGGCUGAGUUAAGUAAAGGUACACUUUGGACCACAUAUGGAGUUCUCCUCUUCUUGGACCUGCUUCUCUGGAUUUUACUAUGGAUUGCACUUUUGAUCUCUGAAAGCACUUUUCUUGUCAGUCUGUCAUCGCUGUGGAUUUUCAGGGCUCUGAGCUGGGCCAUGUUUCAUAAAAUCAGUUCAUUAAUCCUGGACAAGCAUUUAAAGCAACUGAUAAGACGCUGGGUAGCACUGUUGUGUUUUUUGCCUCCUGUGUUUGAUACCACACAAACAGUUCUUUUUAAAGCCAUCUGUGGCUUUAGUCCUGUACCUGUACCCUCCAUGGUGCUCCUGAAUGCAAUGACUGCCACUUUGAUUCAUGCGCUGUGGGAACUGGCAUUUCCUUAUAGUGGUUCAGCUAAAAGUGAUCCAAAGAAGAAGAAAAAGAAAGAGCAAGAGGCCAAAGCACUCCUAAUGAGAGUGAUACACUACUCAAGACCAGACUUUCCUCACCUAGGGGCUGCCUUUUUCUUCCUCACCCUGGCAGCAUUAUUUGAAUCCUGUAUCCCAUACUACACUGGGAAAAUCAUUGAUGGUUUAAGUGAAAAUUACCAGUACAACAAGUUCAUGUGGGUCAUUGGAUGCAUGGCAUUUUACUCUUUUGGAAGCUCUAUGUUUACUGGCUUGCGAGGAGGAAUGUUCAUGUGCAGUCUAAGCAGAUUAAAUAAGAGAGUUAGACAUAUGCUGUUCCAGAAUCUGAUGAAACAGGAAAUCAACUUCUUUGAAGACAAUAAACCAGGAAGCCUGACUUCGCGAUUGAACUCAGAUACAGAUAAGAUGGGCCGCUCUAUAGCCAUGAACAUGAAUGUGUUUGUGCGCAGUCUGGUUAAGUCAUGUGGCAUGUUUGUGCCAAUGGUGAGCUUGUCCUGGCAGCUUACACUUCUCACAUGUGUGGAGAUGCCUCUUCUUGCUGUAUUGCAGAACUUUUACAGCAACUAUUACCAGAAAACAUCUAGGGAGCUGCAGGACUGCAUGGCCGAGAUUGAGCAGCUGGCAACUUCUACAAUUGGCUCUAUAAAGACAGUGCGGAGCCUCAGGGCUGAGGCUCAGGAGCUAAAGAGGUAUCAGGAGGCUCUGGAUCGAAAGCUCCAUGUUCUAAAACGCAAAGGCUUUUACAGUGCAGUCCACCUCAUUCUGCGCAGGAUGCUAACGUUGAGUUUGAGGGUGGCAAUGCUUUUUCUUGGCCGACGUCUCAUCAUCUUAGGUCAGUUAACCAGUGGAGGCCUACUGGCUUUUCUGCUCUAUCAAAGAGACAUGGUGACCAACAUGAGGCAAUUUGUCUACAUCUAUGGAGACAUUCUGAACACAGUGUGGUCAGCAGAGAAGGUGUUUCAGCUGCUAGACAGACAACCAAAGGUGCGGGAAGCAGGUGACGUGGUGCCUGAGAAACUGCAGGGAAAAAUCAAUUUUGAUAAAGUUACGUUCUCCUACCCAUCACGUCCUGAACGGAAAGCACUUCAGUCUUUGAGUGUGGAGCUGAGACCGGGCAAGAUGACAGCAUUAGUGGGACCUUCUGGUGGAGGCAAGACAUCUUGUGUCAGUCUGCUGCAGAGGUUUUAUGAGCCUCAGGAGGGUGAGAUACUGUUGGAUGGUGUACCAGUUCAUGAAUACCAGCACCAGUACCUGCACAGACAGAUGGCAGCUGUGUCCCAAAAUCCAGUGCUGUUCUCUGGCUCUGUAAGAGACAACAUUGCAUAUGGACUACAUGAUUGCACCUUAGAGAGAGUGAAGGAGGCAGCCAAGAAAGCCAAUGCCCAUGAUUUUAUUUCCAGCCUGGAUCAAGGCUACGACACAGAUGUUGGAGAGAGCGGUGGGCAACUGUCUGCAGGACAAAAGCAGUGUAUUGCUAUAGCCAGAGCUUUGAUCCGUAAUCCAAAAAUCCUCAUUCUAGAUGAAGCUACCAGUUGCUUGGACAUCAGCACCCAGCAUAUGGUUCAGAAGGUCCUGUCUUAUUUAGACGGUCAUACGGUUCUGGUGGUGGCUCAUCGUCUGCAGACUAUAGAGAAAGCCGAUCACAUCAUCUACGUGGAAGGUGGGAUGGUUGUGGAGCAAGGAACACAUGAGCAGCUGAUGGUUGAAAAAGGACGGUAUUACCAGCUUAGAGAGAAACUGUUUACACUCCAUUCAGAGCAGCAACUUUAAACAUAAUACUAAAUCAGUCCAUGGACUUUUAAAAAAUGUCAGAUUAACUAUACACAGAAGCAUUUACAUUAUAUUGGUAAAAUGUAAAAAAAGUGUAAAAUGAAGUAUUUGUAUUACACAUCUCCUUCAUUCACAUGUCACUAUGUGAAUCUGCUACUCUAAACUGUAUCUUCAUGUUAGUUUGAAUAAUUAAGUGUUUAAAUAUCUGCAAUGAACUGACACCCUGUCCUGGUGCUCCAGUUUUACGCAGUGUUCUUAGAAUUAGAUCUGGACCUUAACCAUUGCUAGCAUAAAGUGCUGAAAUAACGUCAAUGAAUUAAUGAUGUAAUUUGUGGGUAUAUUAAUUGUGCCAAGGAUCCAGUGGUGGUUUUACCAUUCGGGAAGCUUGCAUUUAAUAUUAGAAGAGUAAAGAUGAGAGCCUGAUGAUGAUAUAUAAAGUUGAAAUGUAUAUAUUUGUAAAUAAUACUCCAGGUGCAUUUCAUUUUUUGUUAUUCAAAGUAAAAGCAAAGUUAUCACCUUUUUUUGACACAACAAUGAGGUCAUUUUACUUAUUUAAAAUAUUGGUUACCAAACUUGUGUUUUUGUAUCUCCUCAGCAGCAGCAGAGAAUUAAAAUUAUAACAUAUUGUAAUAUAAUCAUAGAGAGAGAAGCAGCAUCUUUUAGUCAUUUAAUUUUUGAAAUACCAAGAUUUCCAUUGAAUACUUGUCUCUUGCUAGU